UCUUUCUCUCCUACUCGAAGAGGGACAUACAGAUUCCAGAGUUUAAAAAUAAAAAUGGCUAACAUCAAGGUUGCCACCCUCUUCAUGAUACUACUCCUCGGACUCUUAUCAACACUAACCUACGCCGCUCGUCCACAACCAGCUUUCCCCAGCGCUUCUCCUGCAAAAGCACUAGUGGAUAACGUUGCGGAAAAAGACUGCCAAGGAGGUUCAGAUGAAGAGUGCUUGAUGAGAAGAACUCUUGUUGUUCAUACUGAUCACAUCAAUACCCAGAACGCUUUCCCCAACGCUUCUCCUGAAAAAACACAAGUGGAUAAUGUUGCGGAAGAAGACUGCCAAGGAGGUUCAGAUGAAGAGUGCUUGAUGAGAAGAACUCUUGUUGUUCAUACUGAUCACAUCAAUACCCAGAACGCUUUCCCCAACGCUUCUCCUGAAAAAACACAAGUGGAUAAUGUUGCGGAAGAAGACUGCCAAGGAGGUUCAGAUGAAGAGUGCUUGAUGAGAAGAACUCUUGUUGUUCAUACUGAUUACAUCAAUGCCCAGAACACUUUCCCCAACGCUUCUCCUGCAAAAACACAAGUGGAUAAUGUUGCGGAAGAAGACUGCCAAGGAGGUUCAGAUGAAGAGUGCUUGAUGAGAAGAACUCUUGUUGCUCAUACUGAUCACAUCAAUACCCAGAACGCUUUCCCCAACGCUUCUCCUGCAAAAACACAAGUGGUAAAUCGAGACAAAGAGUACGGAGAAAGCAAAGCCAAGAUUUCUGGAAGCGUAUCAAAAACAGCUCCGUCGGAAAGUUACAGUGAUCAACAUCCUAAAUAUCAUCAUCGGGGCCAUUUUGCAAAUUAUUCUCGAGAAGGCCAUAACUGAACUUGUAUUUGAACUUUGUUUAAAUGUCAUGUUGUGAUUUAACCUAAUUGGCAACUUAAUAUAAUUGAAUAGACCCUGAGUUUUAAAGUUGCCCCCCUUAUAAAUAUAGUUCAAGUUCUCAUCUUCUUGUCUUUGCUGUGAAAUUUCAGUAACCUUUUUUUACUUUCACUUUUUACUUUUGUUAAUCCAUUUGGCGGGGUGCGAUUCGGCCUGUUGCAACCGCCGUUUUCUUCUCCACCGUCUAACCCUCACCAGCCCCUACAAUCCACCCCUACCUACCGCCAUGUUCUUCACAAGUCCCUAGAGCCCCAGCCCACUAGUCUCUAUAUUUUUUGCAGCAGCCAGACCCGAUCCCAAUCCCCCUUUCACGUUUCCGUUUUGGGUGUUGUAAUGGUUGAUAUUGGUAUUCAUUUGCAGUGGCUUUUUGUGUUGAUUUUGGUAAAGAGGGAUUGUUUAAAAGCUUUAUGGUCGGAUCUUUGGUGAUGCUUUUUGUGUGUUGAUUUUGGCAAGGGUGGUGAUUGGGUUAAGAAGAUUAAUGGGUGUGAUUUUGUUGGUGCUUUUCUGUUGGUUUAGGUAUAGGUGAUGAUGUUGUGUGUUGAUUUGGAUAAAGAUGGAGAUUUUGUGUGAGAAAUUGAUGGCGGGAGGACGGUGGUGUUCAAAAUCUGAGUUUAAAAGCUGACUUUAGUUUUUUUUUUUUUUCCUUAAACGGAUCAUUAUUUUCUUUUUUA